CGUCCAGUAACAGGUCUACUCUAGUUAUCCAUUUUCUCAAGUAGGACUAGUUAUUUUUAUUUUUUAAUAUAAUGAAGAAAUCUACUUUUAGGUUGGUGAUUUAUGGCUUGUUCGGAGAUUCAAAUGGCUGUAAAGAAUGAAGAUUAUGUAACUAUAUGGGUGUCUAAGAUAUGGAAAGACAGUCACUUGACAUUUUCAGUAUGCGACUUCUAGGGGCUUAGGUAUAUGUAGAGGUUUUUGCAGGAGCAAUGCUUUUAUUAGCUGGAGCACUAGCUUGUUAUGGAAUAUUACUAUGCCUGAAAAUGAGCAAAGUCAGAACUGAAAGAGCUUCUUCAGAGCUUUGGAAGGUUGCGGGUUUAGUUGUUGUUUGUGUUAUAUGUUUCACCUCUAAUGCUUUUGUGGCUUUGUUAACUGACAUUCCUGCGGUGUGUUUUGCUUUAAUGGGCAUUGGCAGCUCAUUUCAUGCUCAAGAAACUGCUGUGAGUGGGUAAUUGGAGAGUCGAGUGUGGUUCUGGCCUUCGGGUACUAUGUGACUUCAGGCCAUCAACUACAGAGGUUAACAUAACAAUAAAGCUUUUACUUGUGUUGCUUUUCUCGACAGUGGAGUUUUGUUGUCUCAGUUCACGUUUUGGUGGCAUGAUAAACAUGGAAUCUGUCGAGGACGUGGCUAAUAUUUCUAAUGUGUCUGGGAUUACUACCCAUUCUUUGCAACUGUACAGUCAUUGCUGACCACUGGACCAUCUCCCUGCAACUGUACAGUCAUUGCAACUGUUGUUUAUUUCUUUGUGUUGAAAGUAGUAACUUUUAACUAUGUUGAAUAUUUAAGACUCCUUGAAUACUUAAAGAACAUUUUGUUGUU